UUUAAGAGCAUGAUCAACGAUUCAUUGCUCAAUGUUAAUGUGUUAAGAGUUAUCUGGAUCUAAUUUAUCGGAGGAGAGAGGAAAAUAAAGUGCCACUGAGCCGUCGAAGAACGCGACUUGCAGGAACUUAGGUUAGAAGACACUCAAUAGCCAUCACCACAAUGGAUCUGUCAAGAUUGUCGGGCGAGCAAAAAUUAUAUCUUUGCAGAUGGUAUUUUCGUGCUGGUUUUGCGUUGCUGCCAUUCAUGUGGUUUGUAAAUGGAUAUUGGUUCUUUGAGGAAGCUGUUCUUGUUCCGCCUUAUGAGGAACAGCAAGAAAUUCAGAAAUAUGUUCGUUUCUCAAUUUGGGGAGCAAUAAUUUGGGCAGUUGUUAUGCUGGCUUGGAUAAUUACCUAUCAAACGCAAAGAGUUGCGUGGGGUGAUUUUGCAGAUACUAUCAGUUACAUAAUACCCACUGGUAUUCCUUGAUAAUUUUAAUAUUAAUAUUUUAAUGUCCCCUUGAUAUGUAUUAAGUUAUUACAAAAAGUGUAUAUUAAAUUAUUUUAUAUAUUUGGGUUGUGAUAUAAUUAUAAUUGUCUUAUAAAAAUUGGCAAUUUCAUAUUCAGCUUAAAAUAAAAAGAAAUAACAUUUUUUACAGUACACGUAAUAAUUGUAAUAUAUUGAUCUCAAAAAGUAUCUGAAUCAAUGCUAUCAGUUUUUCUCUGUUUAAAGCUAUCAUUUAAAUAUAUGUAUAACAAUUAUGAUAAAAUACUGUAAAAAAUAUACUAUUUAUUUCCAUACUC